CACAAUUUGAACGAAUAUACCCCUGCAACUGAUCAAUCCUUCGGCAGGCAUCAUGUCAAACCGCACGCAACCGGGCGCCGCGGCGCCGCGCCUGCUCGCGCUCGCACUACUGCUCGCAACAGCUGCCUCCGCCUCCGUCACAGCCGGCGGCACCGCGGGCUGGCCCUCCGACCUCGCCUCCUUCCUGCUUUGCGCCAGCAAUCAGCCGCUGCAGGGCGUGAGGGACGACGCCUCGGGUCUGGCGGCCGACCCGGCGGGCGGAUGGUGGCUGGUGUCCAACCACCCCCUGGCGGCCCUGCGCUACAGUCCCGACAUGACGCGGCUGCAGCAGGUGGUGGCGCUGCCCGGCGUGCAGGACCCCGAGGCUAUCACGUGGCUGGGCCCGGGCCGCCUGGCGGUGUCGGAGGAGAUGCGGGACGUGGUGCUGGUCAGCACGCCGCCGGCCCCCGCCGUGGCGCUGGCGGGGGCCGCCGCCACCGGCACUGUGGGGCAGGAGAGCCUGGCCCUGCUCCCGGGCACGACGCGGCAGCAGGCGCAGUACACGGGCUCGCUGCGCGUGCCUGUGCCGCGCCAGCCCAACAAGGGCUUUGAGGGGCUGGCGUACAGCUCCACCGCCCAGGUCUUCUACGUGGCACAGGAGGAUACGCCGCAGGUGGUGUACGAGGUAAAGUCCAACGGCACAUACCGGGUGCUGUUCGACGCGGCGGGCCUGGGCCUGAAGGACCUGUCGGAGCUCAGCUGCUACCGACCCGACUGCAGCCAGCUGCUGAUCAUGUCGCAGGCCAGCAAGCGGGUGGUGCUGGUGGACCUGGCGGGGCGAGAGCUGUCCGCGCUCAAGGUCAAGGGGCUGCCGCGGCCCGAGGGGUUGGCGGUCAGUCCUGACGGCCUCACAAUGGCAAUCGCAAGCGAGCCCAACACGUUCAACCUCUACAGAGUCGGCUCAUGCUGAGCGCCUGGCCGCGCCGCGACUAGCCUAGGACUGAGCUGCGAUCGUGGCCGCGCGCCGGGAACUAAAUGGAAUGGAAGGGCUUGUGCAGCGGCGGCACGUACCCGGAUUAGCGUGCCAGAAACCUGUACGGUA